AUGAGCUUCGCAGAAAAAGGCAAUGAAUCUACAACCGGGGAUGGAAGUAAUGCUGGCAAGCAAGAUGUUGCUUUUACUUUGAAAGCCAUGCAGCAACAAUUCGAGAGACUGGAAGUUGUUUUUGGAGAUAUCCGUGAUAGAACAGACCGGCAAGAUCAACGAAUUGAUCAAAUGCAGAGGGAGCAACCCAGGCAGCAUGUGCAAGUUCCCAAUGCAAGGAGACUAAUCCGCCAGCCGGCGAAUCCUCACGAUGAAGAAGAUGAAGAUUAUGAGGAAGAUAAUGAAAUUGCAUCCGUGGGAAGAGUGAGGAGAGCCAGAGGAGUUAGGAAUGAGGGUCGAACACAUGGCAGGCGAGAUCAAGCAAUUAGAGAUAGAGUAGAUAGGAAUAUUGGGAGUAUUAAAAUGACGAUACCACCUUUUCAAGGGAGGAAUGACCCUGACGCUUUUAUCGAAUGGGAGAGGAAGGUGGAGCUUAUAUUUGAUUGCCAUAAUUACUCGGAAGAGAAGAAAGUGAAGCUUGCAGCGGUGGAAUUCACUGAUUAUGCCAUCGUUUGGUGGGACAAAUUGGUUAAGGAAAGAAGAAGGAACCAUGAAAGACCUAUUGAGACUUGGGGGGAGAUGAAGACUAAGAUGAAGAGGCAACUAUGGCCAGGUUUUUUAUGUGGUUUGAAUCGAGAAAUUGCUAAUGUGGUGGAGUUGCAAUAUUAUGUGGAGAUAGAAGAGAUGGUUAGCAUGGCCAUGAAAGUAGAACGGAAACUCAAGAGAGGGAGACCAGCCAAGCAUGAGGGUGGUUCUUAUUCGGGAUCUUCAAAUUGGAAGUCGAAAUGGGGUGCUAGCUCAAGACCAGCAGAGAAACCCAAAUCGAAUGCUGAAAGGAGCAUGAGCAAGAGCCAAGGGGACAACAAGGAGAGAGGUAACUCUAUAUCCCAACCUCAAAAGAAUAGAGAUAUCAAAUGUUUUCGGUGUUUGGGGUAUGAGCAUAUUGCUUCUCAAUGUCCAAAUAAAAAGGCAAUGAUCAUGCUGGAUAGUGGGGAAAUUGAAACUGAAGAGGAGGAAAGUGAUUCAAUGCCAACACAAGAUGAUUCUAGUAGUGAUUAUGAAUAUGCUGCUAAGGGGAAUGCCUUAGUAAUCAUGCGAGCACUGAAUGUACAAAUUAAGGAAGAAGAGAGAGAUGAUGUGCAGAGGGAAAAUAUAUUCCACACUAGAUGCCAAGUGAAGGAUCGAGUAUGUAGUUUGAUCAUUGACGGGGGUAGCUGUGUGAAUGUGGCUAGUAAGUUACUUGUUGACAAGUUGGGAUUGCGUACAUUGAAGCAUCCUAGGCCAUAUAAGCUGCAAUGGUUGAAUGAAAGUGGAGAAGUGAAGGUGAACAAGCAAGUUCAGAUUUCAUUUACAAUUGGGAGAUACAACGAUAAAGUUCUUUGUGAUGUAGUGCCCAUGCAUGCUAGUCAUAUGUUGCUCGGGAGGCCAUGGCAGUUCGAUAGACAGGCAAUACAUGAUGGGUAUAAGAAUCGAUACUCUUUUGUCAAGGAUGGUAGAAAGGUGACACUUGUUCCAUUGACACCUUAUCAGGUGUAUGAAGAUCAGCUUCGAAUCAAGAGAUCAAUUUGUGAGAAAAGUGAGGUAGAAGCUGAGAUUGAAAGAAAAAAAGAGAGUGAGCAAGAGUUUGGAGAUGUCUUUCCCACGGAGUUACCCAAUCGUUUGCCACCAAUAAAGGGAAUAGAGCAUCAAAUCGACUUUGUGCCAGGAGCCGCAAUUCCGAACCGGCCAGCAUAUCGAAGUAAUCCAGAGGAGACAAAGGAACUUCAAAGGCAAGUGGACGAGCUUUUAGCUAAAGGUUCCAAGGGUAUUCAGGUUGAUGAGAAAAUGGUGAAAGUAAUUAAGGAUUGGCCGACGCCGAAAUCCGUAACUGAGGAAAAACGACCGAUUGCCUACUUUAGUGAGAAGCUAAAUGGAGCCGCUUUGAAUUAUUCUACAUAUGACAAGGAACUCUAUGGUUUGGUCCGCGCUUUGGAGACGUGA